CACCACGUAUCGCAUUCAUGUUGGAACCCAAUUUCCAGUAGCUUCAAAUUCGUCGCAACAGACACUCCGUAAAAUGCGUUCCGUAGCCCUGAUUGCCGUAGUCCUGGCCAUUGUAGCCACUUUCUUCGCGACGCCCUCGCGCGCCGAUAUCUACUCGGAAAUGGCCGCCUGCGCGUGUCCCCUCAGCUACCAGCCAGUUUGCGGAAGUGACAACGUGACGUACUCAAACGAUUGUGUCCUCGGCUGUGCCAUGACCACCCCGACCGGAUCGAAGAUGGCCCUGCGAAAGUUACGCUCCGGAUCGUGCGAAGACCAGGAGUUCUAACCACCUGUUGCGUCGCCGUUGAUAAGCUGGAUUUGAAUAAAAAAUGUGACUGUUUUGUGCGGCUCAGUGAGUGGUUUAUUCAUUUUGUCCUCAGACACUGCGCAAAACGGUUUGAACAGGUUUUGAUGUUUAAUUAAUGUGCAUUUUAUUCCAUUAGUAAACACCGUCAUAGACGGUUCACUUAUCUUUGUUU